AAACGACCAUACGAGAUGCAAUCCACGAGCGAUAUAGCCAAUAUGGAAAAUAGGAGGAAGGGUAACUCGCGUAAUUAAAAAUCGAUCGUGCCACCGCGACGGUGUCGCGGAAUUUCGCGGUGUGACGCGACGGAGAACGACGUCCGGCAAUGAGAGUCCGGAGCAACGAGAAGCCCGGAUUUCUCGCCACGGCGCCACGUAACGGCGGCCAUUGGGUGAGAGCGUCGGCUCGCCCUUCGCGUCCGUCGCAAUUAGAUCGCGCACGAGCGCGAUUAGCUGUCGCGCUCCUCGCGCGGGCGGCCUACGCCAAAGAGGGGAAAAAAGAGGGGCGGGCGGACGGACGGACGGGCGAAAGGAUAUUUCGGAAAUGGUCGCCUCGUUCGGAUUUCAGGGCGGACUGGCACACCGCGAGAUCGUGGGACCAGGAAGAGGCGAGGCGAGACGAGGAGAGACGCACAGCGUGAGAAAGACAAUUUUCCCCGGGCAUUUAUUAUGAGUUUUCCGAGUUGCGCGUGUACACGUAUAUAAAUACGUAUAUGUAUAUGUAAUAAAUGAUGAAUCGCGCUCAUGGCACGUCCCACAGUGCUCCAUGCAAUACCGCUACUACCGGUCCUCGGGCGUCGUGGCGCCCCUCUUUCACCGAAAGUGCUCGGUGCGUCGUGAUCCCCCGCGAGGGGCGCGGGGUGGACCCUCGGCGUCGCGCGGGAUCCGAACUAGAAUCGCGGAUUAAUGGCGGGGUUUCUUCGUGCCCGCCGAUAGAUACUCGAUAGAUCGUGUUCCGGUACGACCGUUCUGGUGACGUAAUCCACGAAUCUUCGAGAACGGCCGAACGCGUCACGCUACGUUACGCCGUAAAUCGUCGCGCGUUCAAGGUCAAAACGCGAGUUAGACUCUCGCCUAAAACGUACUUUUUUUUUUUUCUUCUCCAAGCGAGAGGCCUCGUUCCGUCGAUCGGAGGGAGACGUGCGGCCAGUGAGGUGGCGAAAGAUAAUAACGUUUUAGCUCGUCGUUUUCCCUCUUCGUCCGAGCGUUUUCGAAUUGAUGCCGAAGGAGACUUGCCGUGUGAGCGAACGAUCAUAGUUGCGAUCAUAAUUGCUCCGACGUAGUGAAGCCCCCCUCAAGUAUUCGGCCACGCCGAUCGACCUACGCCGAGCUCAAAACGACUCACGAGCGGCCGUACGACUCGGAUGACUCAUACGCGGCCGAGAGCAGAUCGGCCGCUUUGCUGUUGAUUCCCGUAUCUUCCUGCGACCUGCGAUUCAUCGUUUAAGAUAGGAGGUUACCGCAAUGUACCUAUAAUCGCGCACACUGGCGAGGACACAGGAACGAUGGGCCGAGGCUCGCUUCUGCAAGACGGUAAAUAGACGGCAAUAAAUAUCUCGUCGCGCGAUAAGGGCCUAGGGUCCUUCGCUCGUAGUCGCCUAACGGUCGAAACCGAUAAGGUCAUUCACCCAUACGGCGAUCCGCCAGCGGAGGAAAGAGCGUGCGGAGCAUCGAUUUUCUAAAUGUUCCCUUCCGGGGGAUUCGCGAUUGGAUGCCGAGGAUAAUUGUGCGUAGUAACGUCUUGCUCGUAUGUAGUAUCUGUGUGCCUGUUUUGUGUGUAGGUGUGUAUCGCGUCUGGUUCCUGUUGACUGCAAAGCUCGUCGGGGCAUGAGCGAUUUUCCGAUUUUCCUAGCCAACGGUCGAGAUAGCGAGGUGUGCGAGAUCGUUUCCAGGUGAAAUCUCAAUGGAAUCAUGGCAGAUGUGCGCGGGAGGUCGUCGCAUUAACCUCGCGAUGUGAAUCAAUAGGAAUUUGCGUCACACGUCCGCAUUGGCACUUCGCCGGGCUUUGUUCCACUUUGCCGCCAGGGGGGUAAAAUCCGCUGGGGAAUUUUAUUACACACAAAAAAAGAAAAAAAAAUCACGGGAGACGCGGAAAGGAGAGAAAAAAACGAGAUUAUCGCGCUUUAUUUUCGAGGCGAAGAGAGACAGAGACGCGUAGUAAGAAAGAGAGAGAGAGAGAGAGAGAUGUCAAAAGUUGCGGGCGGCGAGUUUUCCGUGAAUACAUACGAAAGCACACGGAAUGAGCUACACACGCAUGAGUCUACUUAACAAAGUAGAUUCGUAGGCGAUCAGGAAGGAUGCAUAAGGAGAGUGAGAAUGCGCUGCGAGAGUGAUUCUCCUCUCCUCUUCGGGUCGAAUCACGGGACACAAAGGCACAAACUGUAAGAUCGAUUACGCCGAAAAGACGGAUUACUGACGCUGGAUAGCGAACGCCCAGCUCUCGCCUUUCCAACAAUGUUGACGGAGAAGGAGCGCCUAGCUCCUCCGAGCGACGCUGCUACAAUCGUGCAACCGCGUGAGGUUUCAACGGCGAGCGUCUCCCGGCGCUGGCACAAAGCGAGCUCGCCGAAACGCUGCUCGUCGUCGUUGCGGCGGCUGUCCUCGUCGGUGUUCUAAUUCCCCGCAACCGGCGUUGCAAACGAACUAUAGAGAGCGCUGACGGGAACCUUAAAAAAAAAAAAAAAAAAAAAAGAAAAGGAAAAUCUCUCGACCUCGUAAGCUGGGACUAGUGCCGACGUAACUGCUGACAUUGUGCGUGGUGUAGCUUUUUGUGCACGUCGGCGUGCACGAAAGCGUGGAGGGAGCCGCGUCGAUGAAACGUCGUUGCACGAUCGUUGCCGGAGCAGGGAGAGAAAGAGAGAGAAAGACAGAGGGCUGGAACGCUCCAGUCGCAGGAUCGUACCGAGCAGCAGGAGAUGAUCUACUACGCGCUAUCGGCUGUCAGCCUGCGAAUGUAAUGAGUUAUCAGGUUGAUCAAAAGCAGAAAACAAAAUGGACGAAUACGACAGAAAGUUUGCAGAGAUGCAAAAGUACAUUCCAUUUCUGGAAGCGAUGAUUGAGAGGCUACAAAACGUUAAGGACAAGGACAAUCGGGAAAUUCAGUUGCAGAAAAUGCAAAGUCUGCACGGAAUUCUAUCGAAUAGCAAGCGGAAGCUAAAGAUUGAGACACUGCAGCGGUGUGAGGACGUUUUGCAGAAACUAUACAAUAGGGUAGAAAAGUUUCAGGGAAAUACACCUGGUUUACAAUUGCCAAGUAAGCAAAAUUAUGGCAUUACAUCACAGCCUUCAACUUCGAAGAAUGCGGAUUGCAAAGAAGCAGAGUCAUCGCAAUCACAAUCGCAAGAUACGGAAAAGAAUAAAAAAAUUGAGACGCCAGAAAGUCCAGAUACCACUAGAUCAUCCAGUCCUGAUUGCCAAAUUGUACCUAUAAUAAUUCCUACGGAGCGCAAUGACCUAGAACGGAAUAAAGACAGAAGACAAAAGCAUCGUUCCAAAAUAAUACCGAUCAUUACGCUUACGGAUAGUACAAAAACUAUAACUAUCUCGUCGUCAUCAGAUUCUAAUUCGGAAGACACCUCAUUCACUGAAUGGGACAUGUUAGAAGAAUCGGAAAGGCAUAAUUCGAGAAACAGAGGAGAUCGGCAAUCUUUCGUUACCAGCCAUGAUGUAGCGACCGCUGCAAAAUUGGUCAGUAGCAAUCUACCGCAAAAAAUCAACGAUAGCAGGAACUAUGCGUUGGACUCGCAGAAUAUACCGACUGUCCCGGUGCCUUCUCUCGGUGGUUCAAGGCGAUUGUCUUCGGUUUUGGAAAAGAAUAAGUUGAAUUUGGACAUAAUGGUCGCCAGUUCCUCCAGACCAGAAUCACCCCUGAAUGUCCCCGAAGUGAGACUUAAUUCUCCCGAUCCCGAAAUAUUGUAUGCGAACCCUACAGUCACAUCGCCCAGAUCGAAAGACAAUCAUAAUGCGAAAUCGCCGUCAAAGUCACAACCGUCUAUACCGCUUUUAUUCUCGCCGCCGCCUUUAUCGCACGAGCCUCCAUUAUCUAUGGAAGAUCUCGCAGAACUGUUGAAUGAAGGUGAUGGCGAGAAAAGCGAUAAAGGUGGUAACAAUGCCGCGAAGCAAAAGGAGACGGAUAAGGAUAAAUCGAAGAAUUUUCCGUCAGAUAGAGACAGAAUUACCGUUAGGAAAAAUUUGACAAAUAUGUCAAUUUCACCUGUGAAAUCGAGUGAAAUCAAAGGGCCGCCACAUCAAUCAAACGAUCCUCGAUCGGUAUCGCAAGCACUUUUUUUGGGUUCUAGAGUUCAAGAACCGCGUUACGCGGAUAAUUAUGAGAGGCAUCCGCGUCAACGUGACCCUCAAGUUCACGAGAAAGAUAAGUCGGUUACCAGUUCCGCUAUUUCUGAAGAAAUGUCAUCUCAGAUGCCAGUUUUUCAUAAUGCCGCAAACAAACCAGAUGAGAGAAAUGUUCCAUUGUAUCAGAGACGUCCGAGUGCACCAUCGGACGCGCGGAAGGAUGUAACUCUGCCUAGAGACAAUGAGUUUGUGAUAGAUAACACCGACUACUAUAAUAUGCACAUGAAUCAAAUGCAUUGGGCCUCUACUGCGGCCACGGGCGAUCAUCAACAUCAAUUCGGCAACAACCAAUGGACACCCUCGGCUUACGGCGGAAUACCUAAUCCACCUCUGCAACCCAUCCAGCAUUCCUUUCAACAUCCAAUAGAGUCACAGUUUAGGCCAAAUCAGUUUCCAGCGAAUCUACCUGCCGGUCCUAGACCGUUGAUUAAUCCUGUUGUACGACCGCAGGAGAUGAAUCACGGGGUGAGACCGGAAAAUAUUCGAGAGGAUAUUCCUCCCUUGAUGCCUCCUGGAUUCUCAUCACAAUACAGAGGCUUUCAGAUGGGUCAAGGAUCUUACGAUCCAGGUUUUCCUGGCAGACCCACAGAAUAUCCACAUGUGAGACCUACUUGGGAAGGUCCCACCAGAGUAAACGAGACUCCUUACGAAAAUGUGAUUCCCUGUGGAAUUCAGGUCGUGGAGAAUUCCACGGGAACUGCCUAUCCGCGACCCAACACUCCUUGCCCUUGGGGUACGCGUGAUAGGGAUAGAUCUAAUAGAACUCAGGGAAGGGAAGGAGGGUACUACGAUCGAAAUAGGACGGAAGUGAGGCCUGGUUUCAAUCGUGACGGGCGUCCGAUUAAUCGUUUUUCUAAUCCGCGAGAUCCGCGGGUUCGUACGGAACAUAACGCGAAUCAGGCCAAAGAGACCAGCGCUUCCGUUAGGGAUCCGCGUCUUGCCAAAGAUAAACACGUAAAUACAUCAGUCAAAACCAAAGAUACUGUUCACAAUGAGAGGGAUCCUAGAAAACGUCCGGUAACAUCGGCUACAAAGGCAAUCUCGAAGGGAAAACCAAAGUCGCAGAAAUCUUCUGAAAAGGAAGAGAAAAAGGAGAGAGAUAAACUGCCGAAAGACAGGAUGCAAUCGCCAUUAGAGAGUCUUUAUGGCGUGAUUGACACGAAAGCCAGCCAUAAUUCUGGUCUGCAGAAGUUCAAAAUUCCUAAAAUUAAGCGACCGGAACCGCCACAAUCGAUCCGCAAAGCUAACGAGGCGAAGGAAGUUGAAAGCGUUCCGUUCAAAUCGCCGCGUCCAAAGAGUAAUAGCAAGAAGAGCAACAAAUUUUCUUCUAAGAAUACGAACAAGAACAUUGCGAGUGGCGAGGUGAGCAGUAGUAGCGACAGUAAUCCCAUAGUGGAGAAUUUGAUACAAAAUGAUGAAAGGGAAGGAGAGAUUCUCUCGUCAUCUCACAUCGAGAAAACUAACAAAAAUGACGAAGUAGACUCGGCAACGAAUAAUCUUAAAUUAAAUGAUAUCGCGGAGAAGAGUAAGAGGGACGAAUCGAAAGUCGAUGGGUCAAAGUCCAAGGAAGAAGUGAACACACAGGAAUUGAUCCAGGCGUUCGUCAGGAAGUCAUUCGAGUCUGGUGAGGGCAAAAUGUUGGUCGAACAAGCGAAAUUGUUACAACAACUCGGGAAGGGAUUGAAGGCGGAAAAGUUCAAGAAAAUCAAGAAGAUCAUCGAAUCCGAAUCCGACAGCAGUUCGGACAAGGAUGAGACGGUUGAAACGAAAAAGAUUAAAACCAAGAAAAAGAGGCGAGUAAUCGUAUCGGAUAGUUCAGACGAUGAAUGUCUUGCUGAGAGACUCAGUAUCUUAAAUACGAACAUUGAUGUGAGUGACGAGAGAGAGCCGCUUUCCGCAUCCUCCACAGACCCUAAAAGUUCGAAAGAAAAACUCGAGGCAAUAACGUCUGGUAAUAAAAACGAAGAACAAACUAAAAAUAUAAUUAGAAAGAAAAAUGAUGGCUCGUUAAAAACUCAUGGCGAAGGACGCAUUCAAGCAAAUGAUAAUAAAAAGAAUAAGGGUCUACAUUUAGAGAAGAAUGAUAAAAAGAAUGAUCGAUUAGGAGAUAGUAGUGAAAAGGCGUUAGAAAACAAAAAACGAAUAAGUAGCAUAAAAGAUAGCGAUAAAGAAAACGAACAAACUGAAGAUAAACAGGAUAAGGUUGAUCAAAAUUCUGUAGAGGUGUCAAAAGAUACGAGUAAUGCAGAAUUAGAUAAAGAUCAAGAUAAGAAUCGGACAGAUCGCGCGGAAUUUGUUUCUUCUGACCCUACAAGUGGCCAAGCCGAUGAAGGUUCGAGUGAUAAGCCAAAGGCAAAAACGAAGAGACGAAAUUCUCUAGAAAUGUUGCAAGAGGAUAUCAGAGAAAUGUUCAUUAGCGAAAGCGUAAUGACAGCGACGGGUUAUCGAAUGUGCCGUAUGUCGAAGGAAGGUCAGUCACCCUCGGGGAUGAGUACAUCAUCGAUCAAUUCCAAGAAGGAGGAAGUGUCGAACACGGCUGAAAAGAAGAUCGUAGAACCGAACACUGAAAGAGAUGAAUCGGCGAACAAGUUGCGAAAGAGUUUGAGAGCUCGUAAUGUUGAAGAGUCAAGUAAAGCGAAAGUGACGAACAGAAAGGACGCCAAACUACGGACGACCCGUAAUUCACGCUCCAAGGAGUUCGUUUCAAGUUCCGAGAGUGAGGAGGAUCAACCGCUGGCUCUGCGAACGAGAUUAAGCAACGUUGACAAUCGUACGUCGAAUCAAGAAGUGGAUCACAGCGAGGAGAGUAAUGACGCACUACGUAGAUCCAAACGGAUUAUAGAUAAAUAUGUUAAGGAGCCACGAGUGCUCGUAGAGAAGACGGACAUCACCAAGUUAGAUUCGUCCAAAGUGAUGUUCGACAGCUCGUCUGACGAGAGUUUUGGUAUCGAUGUGUCCGAGUUAGCCGCAGCGGUGGACAUCUCCCUUCGACCGGACAAGCAAUCUGAUCAGGAUUCGAUAGACACUACGGCGUCAACAAAACGGUCGAAAGAUGCCAAGAGGGUGGGUAAACGGAAUUCGAAAUCGAAGAAGUCGUUCGCGCUCACCGAUGACAAGAGCGAGGACGGUACGUCAUUAACAGACGAGGAGAGUAUAGUAUCGGACAUUUCUAUGUCGAGCGGCACUACUGCCAGAAAGAGAACGAUCGGUGGUGCUGCUAGGACGACCGCUAAGGAGGACCUGUUGAGCAACAUUCUAAUGGGCCUGGCGGUACCGACGGAAAGGAAUACGUCGUUGACCGACAAAGGUAGCGAGAUAGACUUUGACGAAGAUGCGAAUGAUCCGCUAGCCAUCGAGCCAGGCGUGAAGAAGCUGCCGAAGAAGAAGAAAAAGAAGUCCAGCUGGCAAAUGGGUAUAGUAACCACUAAGAAGAAGAAAAGGAAGGCCGCUUCGGCCUCCAAAGCUACUAAAACGAGUACCGAAGAAACGAGUGCCGAGGCGAACGUUUCGACGGAUACCGCAGAAGGUGAGCGAUCGAUAACUAAAGAUAAAAAUCUCGUGGCGGCGAAAGAGAAAAUUUCUGAAGUGGCUCCCCAGGACAACUGUACUGUAAAUGCGAAUCUAGAUUCUACGGUGAAAUGCGAGGAAAUUAAACCGCUUGUAAAUAUAAGUGCGGACAGCUUUAAUGUAGACGUUAAAGAGGAAUUAAAUAAUUCAACGGUGUCGGACGACCUCUUGAAUACAACACUCAAGGAUCUGCUCGACGAUUCGUUACUUUCGAUCGAGGAAAAUAAGUCGACCGUAAAAAUGGAGAUAGAAGCGGAAAGUGAGAGGAACGUUGGUGCUCCUACCGCGACGCACGCCACCACGGUGGCGAACAGAUUUUCCAAGGAAUCGCCAAAAAUUAUUUACGAUCAGCUAAUGACGGAUCUCUUCCGUAGGAUAGACUCCAAACAUUUGAUAGACUACGCCUGGGUUGGCCCGGACAAGUACAAAUGUUUGUUGUGCUUCUUCACGGGCAAGAACAUUGUUCAUCAUUACAAGGUUAAUCAUCCCGAAAAGGAGAUACUGAUCUCGCGUCUCAGGUGGACGGACGCGGAGGCUGCGGUCGCGGACGCCGAGCGCGCCUCCGCGACGGGCGCGAGCCAGAUGUGCAAAUUCUGCUGCCGGUUCUGCUGUUUUGUCACAGAAGGUGCGGCAGAUGUGGCGCUGGAGGCGUUCUACGAACACUGCACCACGCACACGGGCGAAUAUAGGUUCCACUGCAACAAUUGCUCUUACCAAGCGGUGGCCAAGGCGUCCAUGAAGACGCAUUAUUAUAAGGUGUGCCGCAGGGACAAAUCGUUCAACGAAUCCGCAUCCGAGGAUAUAAUACCGAAAGAAAAUGGGGUCUACGGCUAUCUAUGCCGUACUUGCAACUUUGUGCAGCUGAAGCGGCAAAAUGUGGAGGCCCACGUUGCCUUUUGGCAUCGGGAGCAGGCGAAUAUCGAGAUCGUUAAGAUCAAUAUGUCAGCGGUAACCGUCGAAAUGCGCGAUGCGGAUAAGAGUGCGGAGCAACCACGCGAAUCGGCGAAAGUCGGAAAUGCGGAGGAGCCAUUCGUCGUGGAGGCAAAGCCGCAGAUUUCCGAAUUUGAGUCUGUCGAGUGCAAGAACGUGCCGUUGAUCGAUACCUCGAGGAGUCCUCCACUGGAGGAGCCCAACGAUGAUAACAUCGGGGAGGGUACUCCGCAUGAGCCGAAAACAUUCGAGAACAUUCAAGUCAAGGACGAAGAGAUCGAGGAAAGAUCGAAACUGUCUCAAGGAGAACCGGAAGGGCCGUCGAGCGGGCCUAAUCUCAGCGCGUUUGUUUGCCCGCCUGAAUUGGAAGACAAGGAGAUUGAGAUCCAACGGGAGCGGCAGAAGACGAUGCAAGAGAUCGCCAAUGAUAUCGGUAUUCUGCUGAAGAACUUUUCCAAACCGGGUCUGUCCAUAAUCGACAAGCUGCAGGACAAGAUGCGCACGGACGCGGUCGUCAGCCCAGUUCCGGAAUGCAAUAAUGCACAAGCGAACGUUCCAGAAAAUUCGAGGGAAAAUUCUUCGUUACCCCUUGAGAAUUUACCCGCGGAAUCUCUGAAGGUCGAGGAAACGAUCAUUAAAGAGGAUCCUCUGAGUCAGCCGAGUAGUCAAGAGGACUCCUCCGUUAUGGGGAAACAAUUGGCCGCUGAUAAAUCGCAGGAAGUGACGAACGAGGGAGAGAACGAUAAGGCGGACGUAAAGAUCCGGGACCCUCUUGCGACCAUAGAUUCGCGCAAGGACAACGAAGAGAGCGACGGCGAGAAUAGCGACAACGAACACUCGGCGCCAAUCUUCGAAACGGAGUCCAGCAGCGAACAAUCGGACGCCGAGCCGACCGACGUCAAUAUGAUCCUGAAGGAGACGUCGAGUAUGACGUCAUCGUCGUCGCGCGUCCCGAUGCUGACAACGAUACAGAGGCUGGCCGCGCAGCUUCAGAAUGUCAAACCUCUGGAACCAGUGCCCGAGCCGACGUCCAACAUUCAGAUCAAGAGCGAACCUGUCGACCAAGUGUCCUUGAUCCCGAAACCGCCGGACGUCGUGCCGAUCGCCAGCGUCAAGCGUUUGCUAAAGAGACAAAAAAGGAUAAAUGCAGCGAGGGAAGCUCUGAAACCGGCAUCAUACAAAAACGCCAGUCCCCCUAAAAAUUUUAUCAGAUUCAGACGACUGAGCGGCGACAUGUUGUCUAUGCCGACGUUUCCGGAUAAGGAACGGGAAGAUGGAGCUCAAUCGGAUAGUGCGAUAGAUGCAUCGCAAACGGAUACGGAAGAAGGAUGUUCGUUUUUGAAGAUUGAAAAUGUGAUCAGCCUCGCACCAAAAUCCAACCGCAACAAAAGUGAAAAUCUUACGGUACGUGAUAUUAGAAAGGCGGUGGAGAGAUCUCCUAUAAAGAACAAAGAGAUAUCUGUCUUGAGAAAAUCUAAUCAUCAACCUCUGAUAUUGAAGAAGACUAUUCCACCACAGUUGGUAAUGAAUACGAACAUGCAAGUUUUGAAGAAAUCGGUGAUCAUUUCGUCGGCAGGUCCAUCAACUUCAAAUAAUAGGUCGAGAAAACUCAAGCUAGUAGGUGCACCUGUAAUGAUCAAUUCUAAGGAGGAAACAUCGCUGCCAUCCUUCGUGAUCAAGCUGAAAUCUGUAGAAGCGUAUACGGCGAUGCUGACAGAGCCAAAACUGGUUCACUUCUACAAAUGCAUGGGUCAGGAUUGUUCUUUUACAACCGAUUCCAUCGAAUCGUACCAUGAGCACUAUAAUAAACAUUGUGAAGAGGCUGACAAGAAGAAUAGCCCGGCGCCGCAUGACUAUAAGAAAUGUGCCUAUUGUCAAGCAUUUCCAAAGGAUUGGCGCAACAUGAAGUAUCAUCUGUGGGAGAAACAUGCUCACUGCCAGUAUCAAUGCAGUUAUUGCUUUUAUCGAGCCAUUAUACCGUCCUACGUGCAGCAACAUCAGGCGGCCAAUCAUCCCGGCACUGUGUUUUACUGCUUAUUAGGCACGAAUCAUAAGUCGAUACCGAUGCAAGAAGACAUUCAUCGUAAUACUUAUAUGAAACCUUUCGUGUGUAAACAUGAUUGUAAUAAAAUCUUUUACGUAUAUGAUACAUUUAUGAUGCAUUUGAGGACGAAACAUUGGUCUUAUCAAUUUAUGUAUAAAUGUCAUUUAUGUAAUAGCACAUAUGCAACAAUAGAAAUUCUUAUGUCUCACUAUAAGACCCAUGGAUAUUCCAAGUAUCAAUGUAUAUAUUGUUUACACGGUACUGAAACUCAAGAUGAAAUGCUUCAGCAUUUAAGUUUUUCUCACUGUGAUCGAUUGCCUCAGACUUUGGAGCGUUCGCUUCCUCCAAUGCCAUCACGCAAUGUGGACGUCAUUAAACAACUUAUUUUGCGAAAUUUAGUCAAGUUGGAGGAAAAUGUUAAUUUAAGUGUUGACGAUUCCAAAAAGAAUACGACAACUAAAAAGGACACAACAAACGAUAAAACUUCUACAGUUUCGCUAAAUGUAAAUAUUGUUUCGAAUCAAGAUCGACGUGAUCUAUCAAAUAGUUUGGCAUCAAACUUUGUCGGAGAAGUUAAAGAUGAGAAAGCAAAUGCCAACGUUCCCAAUAUCUCAGCAAAACAACCAAUAGACCCGCCUAUUAAUACUGAUGAAAAAACAAGCAAAAACGUUGCUGAAAAGCAUCCACAAAGUGAGCAGAAGCUGUUCCUGCAAUCGGAGACGGAAAAAUUAAGUGAUUAUGCUAUAAAUCAGAUUCUUCAGGAACCGGAAUUGGAAUUACUGACGUCCUUGAAUGAUUCUAACGCGGUGGAUCCAUUAGAAUUCUCUAAUGAAUUUAAUAGUAAUGACGAGUUCGUAAAUACAAAUCUUCUCGAUAAUGUGGAAUUUUUGAAGAAUUUCACAUCUAAUUCUGGCAACGUAUCGUUCUUCAAAGACAAGAUUGAAGAUAGUGAUAUCGAGAUCUUGGAGAGCGAGGAAAAAGCCGCACAGAGAGAUGUGAAAGAUGAUGCAAAGCAGACAAUAAAGCCAGUAUUAUCUGAAACAAAAGCUGAUAAUAAAGAGCAGAUUUUAUCUAAGGAUCCUAUCGAAAAGAAAUGCACAUCCGAAGAGACACGUACUACUAAUGCGGCUGCUCAAUCAGAGAAACCUUUAACUUUGGAUGACAUCAAAAAUACCGGCCGUGCCGGACUCGAUUUGUAUAAAUGCGGUUACCUAGAGUGCAAUUUCGCGGCAUCAAAUGCGAUGUUGUUGAAGGCGCACAUGAAGACGUGCACUUUCGAGCAGUCUAGCAAAUAUUUAUUUUGUCCGCAUUGUCCGCAAAAGAAACGUUUACCUAAAAUUGGCUUGUUCCUAGAACACAUGAAGAGUCACGGUUUAAAACGUUUCGGAUGUUCGUUGUGUAAGCUGAGAUACUCGGUUUCAUAUCAGGCUACGGCUCAUAUGAGGACAAAACACAAAUUGAACAAUACGAAAUUGGUGCCUGCAGACCCAACAAAUCCAUCAGUCGACGGUCUCUUCAUCGUGCAAGCAGUUCCCUUUGGAUCUGCCGAACGAAAAACCAAGAAGCGUAAAGGUGCAAAGUCUGGAGCGGAACAGGAGAACGAGAAAUCCGCGGAUGAAAAAUUAUCGUUCAAUCCCGACGAGAUAGAACAAUUACCGCGUCAGGCGAUUUACAAUCGGGAAGUUCAGUGCGCUGUAUGUCCUUAUACGACUAAAGUUCGGACGAACAUUAUCCGGCAUUUGCAACUACACGCGAAAGACGAAACCGUGCCCGAGAGCGGCCCGGUCAAUCCUGUUCCCUGCCUAGACAAGAAGGAAAAAAUGUUCGAUAAGAUGGUGAAUCUGGCGAGCAGUUCGCAUCAAAACGGUCGUAUGGGUGCCAAACCAAAGGAACCUGUUAAAGAAAACGAGGAGGACGACAGUAUACCAAAGUUUGUACCGGAACACAAAAGGUAUGUAUGUGGCGUGGCCGAAUGCAAUUACCUGACGGUGGACGAGGCAAUGUUGAGAUAUCAUUUGAAGGCUCUACAUUCGGAAGAGCCAUAUUUCCGUUGUCCGCAUUGCCCUCCGUCGGGUCAAGAGAAUCAGAAUAUAGCGAUCGAUAAAAUGGGCAUUCACCUAAAAAUGCACGAUGCGAGACUCUACAAAUGUUCCCAUUGCAAUCAUCAUCAUUAUCAUAGGCACGUCGUGGAGCGGCAUCUUACCGAUAAACAUCCAGAGAAGAGACCUUUUGUGAAGGUAAUAAGGGAAAUCGAGAACACAGAAAACAUUCAACAACAAGUCCAAGAGGAAGUCGAGGAAGAGAUUCCCGAUCCGGACGGCAAUCAUUGGAAAUGUAAUCUUUGUGACUUUAAGUGCGUUUACAAAGCCGACGUGGCCACCCAUGCUGACACGGUUCACAGUGAGAACUGCCAAUAUAAAUGCACCCUGUGCUCAUUCAAGACGAGCGGAAAGAUACAUCUCGAACAACACAUAAACAGCAAGCACGCGUACGAUUCAAAUGCCGAUUAUGCUAUGACGUAUCAGAGAAUAAAAGGUGUCAAUAAACGCAAUGCGGAAACUGUAGAACAAAGCGGGCAGGAUGAGCCCUUCGAUACGACGCCACUUUGGAGAAGAAGCAUGCCACGGAUUCGGCAUAUCCGCGGGAUUCUUUUGGAAGAGGAAAUCGAGAUACCCGCGACGAGCGAGACGCCCGUGGCUUCAAAGGUAUCUGCGAGCAAACGCAAGAACGACUCUGAGAUCUCGGUGAAGCCAGCUAAAAUAAAAUUGGUUGGCAAGUCAACGUCUCUCGACGAUAAUAAUAAACAAGCUAAAGAAAAAUCGAAGCGAUCGCUCUCGUGCGAUGAGACGGAAGGCGAGGAACAAGUUACGAAGGAAAACGGUAAUAAAUCAGCCAAAAACUCAAAAACAGCCACGGUUGAAUUGAGCGAUGCUGGCGACUCCGACGUGGGAAGGUUCGGGCCUUACGGCAAACCGGACGCCAAUAUGUACGUUUGUACGCUGUGUAAUACUUUCAAGACCAAAUACAAGCACGAUAUGAGAGAUCAUAUUUAUAGAGAGUUGAACUAUCCAAGAUGGCAUUGUAAAACUUGCGGGUAUUUAUCAAUAAAUCGCAAAGCGCUGCUGCAGCAUUUUACCAAACGUCAUAACGGAAAAUUUCCAGAGCACGAGCCACUAUCGCCGGAUAACGCGAUUGAGGAUUGGGUAAAAACUUUGUUAAAGAAGCAAACAGAUUUAAUUAAAGCUUAUAACGCUGUCCACAAAAAUGUAGCAAUACCCUUCAAUACAAAUUCUUCAAGUCCAGAUGUUUCUCCCGUGAAGGUUCCUGUUAGGGUUCCUGAUAUAAAGACCGCGAACUUCGAACCUUCAAUAACCAAUUUUAUUGCCGUCUUCGAUGAUAAUCUUCUCGAAGACGCCAAUAAAAACAGUAUGGACACUGACGAUGGCGAUAGCCAAGAUGAAAAUCUCGUAAUCGAUAUGAAAGAAGACGAGGCGCAAGAGGACAAAAACAAUGACGAUAAAUCUGAGAACGAAAAACUUCGCGACAAGAUUGAUGAAGAGUUGGAAAAGCCGCUCGUCUGUAAGCAUUGUCAGAUGACGUUCAACCGCCAGCGCGGAUUUAAGUUGCACAUUCAGUAUUCGCAUUUGAAGCGGCUUGGCUUCCUAUGCCCUUACUGUGAUCGCAGCACCAAUUCGGAGACGAUGAUGCGUCAGCACAUCCGCGCGAAACAUCCGAAAGAUCCGGAAAAAAUCAUCCACAAUCCAGACGCAUGGGGAAACGCGAAGCUGACUAACGAAUUCUGGGAGAAGGAAUAUGGUCUCAUCUGCCCGAAAUCUGUCCCAAAGAAACGAAAAAUGAACACGGAUGCCAAUAGCAACCCGGCCACUAUCGUCGCCGCUACAGCUUCAACUGUAACUGCAGCUUCCAUUGGCAAUCGCUUGGACACGCGAGAAAAAUGUGACAUAUGCAACUUCACGGCCGUAAAUCACACUGGCUUGAAGAGUCACAUGAGGACGCACACCGCUCACAAAAACAAUCUCAAGUGUGUGUAUUGCACCUACAGCUGUUCCUUCAAGGCUGAGAUGCUGGAGCAUUGGGAAUUGAAUCAUCCCUCAUUGCAAUUGAAGUACAAGGAACUGUCGUCGACGGCCAGCUCCUCCUCCGAUGAGAUGAAGAACAGUCCAUCGAUGCAUAAGAAUAUCGACGCGACGUUGAAGAACGAGGAACAGGAGCUAACAUCAACUAUCAUUUAUGGCUGCUUUUAUUGUAAUCUUCGUAGUAUUUCAUUGCAGUCCAUCAAACAACACUGGAAUCUUAUGCACAAGGAGGCAAAGAGUUCGGAGACGGGGGGUUCGAGCACGAAGUUUCCAUUUAGAUAUAAGGAAAUACCUGUACAGAAGAUGCAACCAAUAAAUCCCAUAAAGAAGGAUAUCGUCGAGUCGCUCCGUGAUCUCACGAAAAAAACGGAGAACUCGUCGCCUGUCAUUCAACGGUACGGAUGGCUUUGCCAGUGGUGUAAUGAUUUCUGCGAGACCGAUAAUGAUAGGAUAACUCAUCAAAAUAUGUAUCACUCGCAUCUGCCGCAAAACUUUAAACGGCGGGAAUGGCAGGAACAGCAGCAACAACAGAAGGAACAGGAUCAACCAAAAGGCACGUCGAUACCCAUCACGUCGUUGUCCACAUACAGCUCCGAAAAGCAUCCAAGUCUCAAAGCAACAAAGGAGAACAUUUCGAACUUUGAAUCAGUCGUAGAGAAUCUGAUUGCUAUACAUGUCACACAGAAUGAUCUUGGUGACACAAAGAUCGAGGACGAUCAGAGCCGUAUUUUCAGCGCUACAUUGGGAGGCAAUAGACGUCGGAAUGUCGCGAGGAAAUCCACUACCAAAUCAGUUAUUUCAUAUGCGAGACCAGGCCCACGCAUAUUCAAGGCAGUUGCGCGUAAAUCCACAAAUCCGAGGUAUCCGCCAAGUGUUUUUACGCCGCGCUCGCUAGAAUCUUACAGCAUGGACACAGAUACGGACUCCGAGGACGAAAAAGUAGCAGAGAGUAAUAAUCAACCGGUCUCGCAUUAUAGAAUACCGAGCAGUCCGGUUAAUCUGGCCGCGUUGAACACGUACAUGGUGGUCGGCGGUCACAAUAUGAGGGUAAAUUGUCUUACUCUCGCAACGUUGAUCAAUAUCAAGCCGAGAGUACUGUUGAAAGACAUUAGAAAAAAUCCUAAAUAUGCCGCGAUCCUGUCAAGCUUGAAUUAAUAUUACGAUAAUCAUCCUUGCAUAAGAGAUAUAAUUUUCGUGUCAACGAAAUUAAGAUUUUUUUUUUUUCAUUAAGGAUAAUUACACGAAUCACUGUAAAAACUAGCACGUAAGUAAAAUUGCAAGAAAACUUCAAUUAUAAUUUACAUGAAACUUAUUUAUGAUGAUAGAAGACAAAAAUACUAAGUUUUUUUUUUUAAUUAGUAUUAAAAAGUGAUUUAUGUUAACAUCACUUGUAUUUCUGUGCUUCGAACUUUUUUGUUUUACAAAAUGAUGUGUAAAUAUUGAAAGUGGAGAUGCGACAACUGUACAUUAGAAAAGAAGAUUGAAACAAUUAGUACAAUCUAAAAGCGUAGUUUUAACUUAAAAUGUCUCGAAUACAUGUUUGAUGUGAUACUUUUAUAUACGAAAGGGUUGACUGUUGUGAAAUCUUGAAUUAUUGUUACACGUAACUGCAUCACAGAUUUACAUGAUAAUUGCCGAAUAGUCAAAUAAAACUAUUUUUAAUACCUUUCAUAAAAUCACAAUUAAGUUAACCAAUUUGCAUUACUCAGUAUUUACAUUAUUCAGAAUAAUAACUCGUUCAGAAAGGCCAUUUAAUAUCAAAGGAAGUAAGAAUACGAGAUGUUACAUACUGCUUUUCGUUCUAUGUAAA